UGUCUCUGAUGGGCUGACGACAACGUCCUCCAACAUGGACAACAGUGAAAGCCCCUUUCACCCCAGCCUGGCGGCAGCUCUCGUCAAGCUCGACCCGGAGGACGGUGAGCAGAUCAUGGAGUAUUUCAAAACUCAUGCCCUGCUGAUAAGAGAGAAAGCAUUCCUGCAGGCCUCGGUCAGAGAGCAGAAGAAGCUGCUGGUGGAAAACGCCAAACUAAAGAACGACAUCGAACAUCUAAAGGUUCAACUGCAAGAAAAGCAAAGACGACGCACGGUCCAGGCCCCGCCCCCAGCACACUUGUCAAUCAACCUGCCUGCCUGGCUGGGGCAACAGCUGCUAUUCCUGCAAAUCAUCAUCCUCCCUGCUCUUCCUCACAUGACCGGAGAGACAGACAGAAUGGGAGGAGGAGAGGGGAGAGGAAAGCCACGGGUCGACGUGUCCCGUCUCGACCUGAGGGUUGGACGGAUCCUCACUACCCGCCGCCACCCGCUGGCUGAGACCAUGUCUGUCCAGGAGGUGGACUUGGGAGAAGAUGCUCCCCGGACAGUUGUCAGCAAGCUGGUAUGGAAAACACACCUGGAGCAGCUCCAAGGCAGUCUGGCUGUGCUGCUCUGCAACGUCAAGGCCUGUAGGCUGAGGGGCGUGGUCUCCCAGGCCCGCCUCCUUCGUUGCUCGACCCCCGAUGGGGUCAUUGAGCUGUUGGCUCCGCCCUCUGGUUCUGCCCCUGGGGACAGAGUGACCUUCCUCAACUACCCUGGUGACCCAGACAGAGAGCUGCAGUCCAAGCAGAGGAUUUGGGAGCUCCUUCAGCCCGACCUGCAGGUCGACUGCAGGGGCGUAGCCAACUAUAGAGGCUGCAGGUUUGAGGUUAAAGGGAAAGGGCUGUGCAGGGCCCCCUCCCUUAUCAACUGCAUCAUCAGAUAGGAGUGUGGCCCCAGCUCAUAGAACAAGACAUGCUGAAGACAGGAUGUGCACUGGAGUUCUUUUAUUGUGAAAUGCCUGCUCUGCUGUAGCUGGAUAAAAAACAAAAAGCAGCUGAUGUAAAUCACUUAUCUAGUUAAUGGUAUAAGUUAGUGCUGUUAGCUAACAACA